AGUAAACAAAACAGCGCGAGCAAAUUUAAAAUUAAGUUUGUUAUAAAAGCUAUUUUUUAGAAUUUGAAACGGCUAGACUUUACUGGUGAAAGCAGUAAGUUAAAAUCUUUAAGUUGGUUUCAUCUUAAUACAAUUAUUAUUUCUCGAGUUGUGACGUUUUUCAUAAGACUUCAGUUAUAAAUCAAAUCACUCAUAAUGAAUAGCAAAUUGAAAUGGAUUAUGGUUUUCAAUUCUUUGGUUACAGUGCAUGCUUUUGAUCCUAUAACAGUUGGUGCUAUUGUUGUUGGGUCUUUAUUAGCAAGCCUUAUGCUUAUAAGCGACAAUAUUCCGGAACCCGUCCCAACUACAUGUCAAAAAGUAAAUGGUGGCUUUAGUGAAUGGUCUUCGUAUAAUGAAUGUUCGUUGACUUGUGGUGGUGGUAUAAAAAAACGCUCACGUACUUGCACAAAGCCUACUCCUGCUUGUAAUGGAGAUCUUUGUAACGGAGUUAGAUUAGAAACACAAUCAUGUAAUACGCAGAAAUGCCCAGAUCCCUGUGAAGUAAGUGAAUGCUGCAAUAAUCUAUGGGUGAGGCAAAGUCCUAUAUAUUUGAAAAAACAAUUGAAUUCAAAAUUAUUUGGCCAGCACCUAGUCGAAGAUCUUGUUGUUAAACCUAUUAAUGAUCAUAUUGAAAAUAACAAUCCAAGUUCGCCAUUGGUCAUGUCAUUCCAUGGAUGGACUGGGUCUGGAAAAAAUUUUGUUUCACAAAUAAUUGCCAAUUCUUUGUUUAAAAAAGGUAUGAAUAGUAAAUUUGUUCAUAUAAAAGUUGCAGCAAAAGAUUUUCCUCAUAAAAAAUUGUUAACAGAAUACAAAAAUGAACUAUCUAAACAUAUAGAAAAGAAUGCCAGGCUAUGUGAACGAACAUUAUUUAUUUUUGAUGAAUUUCAUGAAAUGCCAGAGGGUCUUGGCAAUACUAUUGCUCCUUAUUUAGACUACAAUGUUCAGUUAGAUGGUAUUGAUUAUCGCAAAAAUAUAUUUAUUUUCUUAAGCAACUCUGUUGGUGAAAUAAUUAACAAUUAUACUAUUAAUCAUUAUAGAAGUAACAAAUCAAGAGAGACAAUAGACAGUAAAAUAUUAGAAAAACUAAUAGCUACUAAUGCUUUGAAUUUACCAGGUGGGUUUAAAAACUCUAAUAUCAUAAAAAAGGCAUUAAUAAACGUUUAUGUUCCCUUUCUACCUUUGGAAAGAAAACAUAUCCAACAAUGCGCAGAAGAAGAAAUUUCAAAGAGAAAUAAAGAAGUCAAAUAUUCCGUAUUAGAAGCCAUUGCUGAUGAAAUGCUUUAUUUUCCUGACAAAGAACAAUGGUUUUCAGCAACAGGUUGUAAAACAGUUAAUAAAAAAGUAACAUCAUAUUUAUAAA